AACCACCAUCUCGUUUUGCGCCAUGAGUGCUCGCCAGCCAUUUGUCCCGCAGCUGAGACCUUCUUCCAGGAUGUCGACAGGCACUGGUCCAAGUCUUGACUCUCAUGAGCAAAAUAACUCUGGAGACACGUCUCCCAAUGGCCCUCUCACGGACUCUGGUGACUCGGGAUCUUAUCAUAAGCCCACUUCUCCGCAGGAUAUCCUAGUCUCGAUCGCAUCUCCUCUUGCCGGCAUUAGCAAGCCGCUUAAUAUAGCUGGACUCACAAACUCGAAGCUUCGCCAUGCUCGCAAGUCCCUCGACGACAUUUCCUCUCGCGUUUAUUCUCCUAGACCUCCCCUUACCCAGCAUACGGCUCGCACUCCAGCUUCUGUCAGCUUUUUCUCUGCAACUUCUGAUUCUGCGUCUAUCCCAUCGUUCCGUCUACCGCUUGCUCAACUUGCUUUCAAGUCUCGUCCUAGUACUACUGCCGACCAAAUCACGGCCAACCAGACGCAUAUAUCCUCUUUGCGCCCUGAUACCGACGGAUUACGCACUGUCCAGGCGAGCAAUUACAUCUCUUCCCCGCCAUCUGGCUCCCCACGUCACGGGAAUACGCGCUCAUCUCUCGAGAAUAUCUGCGAAGAGGAUGAAGGAAAGCUCAACGAUACUUGCGGUGCCGGAAAUCCUGAGCAAGAUUUGCAUCGUCAACAUGACUCCAAACGUCAUGCAGCCGCUCAGUCUGAGACAUAUGACACCGUCUACGUCUCUCCGGAACAGCGGCCCACCAAACCGCCCCUUCGUCGCGCCAAAAGACACAUCGAGCGUAUCGAAGACGUGGAAUCGGAAUCCAGUUCCUCGAAACGCCCUAGAAUUGACAAUCAGGAGGCUUUGUGUGACCACGACGACUUGAGGUUUGAUCUCGGCACUCCGCCCCCGCCCCCACCUUUCAGCCUUCCAAGUAUGCAUACGCCUUCCCCACCUCCUUAUAUGCGCCAGCACCCUGGAGAUGUGCAAGAACCCGAGAUUAAAGACAAUGCGAUCCGUCGCCUACUCGGACAAGACCUUGAUGCCUACGCCAGCGCACAUAUAUCCACCUACGAAGAGUCUAAACAGAGGUGGUCAGAGUGUUCCCAAGAAGAGUGGAUGACCGGAGCAAACGGUACUUCAAUUCCCUAUAACACUAAGGCUUUCCAGGAAUUAACCGAGAAGUUUACGAAACUGAUCGAUUUCGUUAAAGAUCACAUGACGGCAAAACUCGGGCUAUAUACGUCGCUGCAUUCAUCGCUUUCUGCACAUCGUACGAUGCUUGCUGACCGAGAAGAGAUGCUGAAGAGUGUCAGAGACUCACUCGCGCGGGAUGGCGACAAGUUUGUCUCGGGCAGGAUCAGUACUUCGCAUGACGAGGAUGAGGUCAAGGAGAACCCAGAGCUUUGAGUUGCGAGGAUACGGCCAGAGAAGCCCACCUCAGCAUUCUGUAGAUUGCAUUUGUACGUAUCGCACGAGUCUGGCUCAAGACAGUCUGU